AUGGAAGAUACCAAGCGGAACAGCGGCUCCUACGCCGAGCGAGCUGGCAAUAUUAAUAUUGCUCUCCGCAAGACGCCGGACAGCUCUGCCCCAAGGCGCGCAACGUCAUACCGUCGCCCAGCCGAUGCCCAACCAGCUGGCGCAUCUCCACCCGAGACCGCCAUGUCCACCGCCAUGCCCAGUAACACUGCCCGCCCAGUCGUAGCUUCCUCCUCAGAUCCUGUCACUCAGAGGCGCCGGAACAGCAAGAUUAUCCUUCCUCCCACCACCGGCGCAAUGGGCGAGUCCAUACCGGCUGCGCCAGACGUACCGCGCGCACCACCCUCGUCGUACAGAGACCCAUACUCGAGGGGUGUCAGGGUCCCGGCACGCACAAGCUCUGGGCGGGCGCGCGAUCCAGCUAUCCAAUUGAACCCUAGCAGGCAACAGGCGACCAUCCAAACAGCCGCAGACAGACUCUACAACCUACGGUCACCGCCAUAUGCUCCCGUCGAGCCACUGGCAGGAGCUGUAGGGCGCCGAGGCUCCCAACGUGGUCCUUCUGUGCCAGACCGUUCACCGCUCCAGAAGCUGGAAGGCAAGCUGGAUGACAUCAGCAAAGAGGAGAGGAGAGCGAGGAUACUGGAAGCCGAGUUGGCAGCGCAAGAGAAGGCUGAGGCCGAGGCACGGGAAAGGCGAGCGCGAGAAGCCGCUCAAAACCAGCAGCGAGUCGUAUCUCAGCCCGUGGCAACACCAGACAACACCUCUGGUGCGCCCAACCGAGUAGGUAGUAGCAAGCGUCAUGUUUCAAUGCCAACAGAGAAGAAGCAUGCGUCUCCGCAAAUAACUCAGUGGGAAUCCGACAAUGGCUUCAUUUACGAUAUCAACGAGCCCUGGGAUCCUUCUCAACCCGAGGGCGGAGCAGUCCAACCCGCUCAACAGGCUACCAGGCACAAAGGCCAAGCUGUUCCGCGAAGCACCAGUCUAAAAGGCAAGGAGCCGGUUAGGGGCUCACCGCACAGUGGUAGUUAUAGCGACCGAAGCUCACUUCCUUCGCAGAAAAACCACAAGCCUGCUGCUGAUGCUGCAGGACUUGGCCUGGUCGGUGUAGACGAUACAUCUGCCGGGGCUGAAGUCACUCGUGCCGAAAGCAAAAGAGUCCAGGGGAAAAGAGAUAGCCGAGGAGGCAUCAUGGCCGCGCAAACGGACAUGCCGCAAGAGUCUGUUGACCAAAAGGCGGCGCCACGUGUUGUCGAUAUCCCACCAACCAAGCCUCGCAUGCCACCUGUACCCAAGACUACCCCGGUUAUGCCCCCAGUGCCCCAGACGAAUCGAAAGAGUGUCGUUUUCUCCGAGUCAGAGUCUGAGUUGGAUUUUCAUGAUCCCGAGAAGAAAUCUCGCCAUCGUUUCAGCCGCCACGGCGAGCCGGAGAGGACAUACACGCCCAAGGCAGUGCUCGAUGAAUGGAAAAAUGCCCCGGUCGGCGCCCUUGUUGCUGACGAUCUUGACUUGAACGCCCCAGUCACGGCUAACAGCGGCAACAAGGCAUGGUGGGAAGAAACCAAAAUGGCCCGACGGAGACGUUCUAACAGCUACGCGGAACCCAUGUACGAUGGCUAUGCCGAUGACACACAUUUGCCAACCAGCUUUAACCCGCCACUGUAUCUCAAGUGUGGGCCGCUUCUGCGCUACACAGGCCUUCGCAAAGACCGCAGCAAACCAGGCCAAGAGCGCGAGAUAUGGCGAGGCAGUGUCAUGAUUGUCACUGUUGACGCGUCCUCGUCUUAUUCCAAGCCACCGACGUUACGACUGUUCAAACAGCCAAUGGAUAUCCUACCUCCACCACCGGAAGAGGUAGAUCAUGAUCAGCUUGACCCAUCAUAUAUCGAUCCUAUCGAAGGCCAGACCAAAGUGUCGCGCACCGGCAAGACGUUGUUCGUCAGGCCUAUUGAUGAGAUUGUCGAGGACGUAGAUCUAUCGCGCGUCGAGAACAGCACAGGGCUAUUCUCCAAGACUAGGAGCACUGCUAACGGAUCGGCUGCUAAGUCCACUCGCAUCCACAAGCGAGACGGUGAGAAGCUAGGCAAAGUACGCGACUUCCCUGGUAUUCGCCUGCACGCUGAGCGGGGUGUGACUUUCUGGCGCUUCAACAUUGAAGUUGAACUCGGGACUAGCCAAACACGUAUCGCCUACAAGAUCAACCAGGGCCCAGCUAUUGGGUUUUGGGUACCUGCUAAGGGCGAAUCCAUGAACAUCAUGUUCCACAGCUGCAACGGCUUUUCUGCUAGUGUCGAUCCCGAUGAGUUCUGUGGUCCAGAUCCCAUGUGGCGUGACGUCCUCAAUACCCAUCAGACCCGUCCGUUUCACGUAAUGAUUGGUGGGGGUGAUCAAAUUUACAACGAUGCUGCUAUGAGGCAGACAACCUUGUUCAGACAAUGGACCGAAAACAGGAAUCCAUUGCACAAGCACCAUCAACCAUUUUCCGAGGAGAUGCAGAAUGAGCUUGAGCAGUUCUAUCUAGAUCGGUACGCGAUGUGGUUUUCCCAGGGUAUGUUUGGCUUGGCCAAUUCACAGAUUCCUAUGAUCAACAUUUGGGAUGAUCAUGACAUUAUCGACGGCUUUGGUUCAUACCCCCACCACUUCAUGCAAACUCCGGUUUUCACAGGAGUUGGCGCCGUUGCCUUCAAGUACUACAUGCUCUUCCAGCACCAGUCCGUGCCUGCAGAGACCGAAAAGACAGAGCCUUCAUGGGUACUUGGUAAAAGUCCCGGUCCCUACAUCAAAGAGCGAUCAAGAAGCGUUUUUAUGCGACUUGGUCGGCCUGUGGCCUUUCUUGGUCUUGACUGCCGUACGGAGCGGCAGCGGGACGAGAUACUUACCGAGGACUCAUACGACAUCAUCUUUGACCGUCUUGAAGAUGAGAUUAUCAAGGGCGAGACUAAACACUUGAUCGUACUCCUUGGCGUGCCCAUUGCCUAUCCUCGAUUGAACUUUCUCGAGAAUAUCCUGACUAGUAGGAUCAUGGAUCCCAUCAAGGCUCUUGGUCGCACUGGUAUGCUGGGUAACUUUGUGAACAAGUUUGACGGCGGCGUGGAGAUUCUAGAUGACUUGGAUGAUCACUGGACUGCAAAGCACCACAAGGAGGAACGCAACUGGUUCAUUCGUGAGCUGCAACACAUUGCCUCCACCAAAUCUGUGCGUGUCACAAUACUUGGUGGUGAUGUCCAUUUGGCAGCGGUUGGUCAAUUCUACAGCAACAAAAAGCUCAACAUACCAAAAGACAAAGAUCAUAGGUACAUGCCAAAUGUCAUUUCCUCGGCCAUAGUCAACACGCCGCCUCCCGAUAUGAUGGCAGAUAUCAUCAACAAACGAAACAAGAUACAUCAUCUAGACUCGGAGACGGAUGAAGACAUGAUAGCGCUAUUCACCCAUGGUGUGGAUAGAAAAAAGAGAAACAACAAUCAUCUCCUCCCCCACCGAAACUGGUGCAGCAUUCGAGAAUACAAGCCAGGAUCUACACCGUCACAGACACCGUCACCACCUGCGACCCCAGAUGGUACUGGUGCGGGAAGAUCAUUCGCUGAUUUUGCACCUGGUCAGCUGGUGAGACGGUUGAGUGGACAGCAAACCAGGCCUUCUGCACGGCGCCAGGGCCCUCCUGUAUCAUAUCGCAAUAACCCGGCUUAUGCAGCUGCCGAUGACCAGCAAGUGGGCCACCAUCAGCUGAAGUCUUCGUUUUCACCCGAUCGAUCGGAGCCAGAGAGGCCUGCUCAUCCUCGACGCAAUUCUUUAUCCUCUCUAUUCCGUCGUCGACCUUCAAUGGAUGGCGACCGCCCAGGCACCUCGGAAAGCACAACGCCUCGAGGCCGCCGGAGCCAAUCUCAGGACCGACCGUCCAACUUCCAUCGUCGCCCUAGCGUACUAAGUAGAAAGAGCGUGAAGAAGCAGGAGUUCAUCAACCUCGAAGGUGGUCUUGAUAUUUGCCUCAAUGUCGAAGUUUCACAGCACGACCCAGCAGGUAUCACAACACCAUAUCGGCUUCUUGUGCCAGCUCUCGAUUAUGUCGAACCUGAGUCUGAUGCCGAGGUAAAGGAACCCCGUAAACCUCGAGGCUUCUUCCGCGCUUUUGGUGGAAGACGUAAGGCUACCAUCGGUGAAGAUGGUAACUCUAUUUCGGGUAGCGAAAGCGGGAGCGAGCUUGGUGAGAUUUCUAGUGAAGAUGAAGAAGAACGCAAACGACAACAGUACAAAGUCGGGCCCAGGGUAGUGAUUCCAGGUAUUGGUCCACGUAACGGACGGGGGUCUGCCUCUGCUCCUACCACACCUGCAAUACCAACUCCAGCCAUGGCACCAGCCUCUACUGCUACUGCUGCUGCCGCUACCACCACUGCCCCUCGUAACGACCUCCUCAGCUCUGGUUUCCAUGCCAAUUCAGCCCGGACAGCAGGCCCAGCUCAGUCUGAUGGGGCCGUUCACAAUCCUGCGGCUCGAAUCCAAGGACGUCGAAGUCUGGACACUGGGCCGAAUGCCGGUGCUAGAGCCUUUGCUUGGGACAGUGUCGCUGCGAAGAGGAAUGCGAGUGCGCCUCAGCAUCCCCAAGCGACUGCACUUCCAUCUCGCUCCGCUUCCACCCGCAUCCAGCCUACAUAUAGCAACUCUUCCCACAAGUCACAACUACCAGCAACCCAUCCGGAUGAUCCUCUGACAGUGAAAAGGAGACCAGUAGGGGCUACUGGAGGCCAGAGCCCUUACGGUCUCACUGCGACGCAAUCACAAAGGCGAGCCAAGCGUGAAUCAUACCCACCACAUCCCGCAAUUGUUGGUGCAGGCCCCGGUUCGCCGUACGCACGCGACGGACAAGGUCUACAGCCCCGACAAGACACCGCAGGCGGCGACUACUUCAGCAGCGGCGGCCGCGACGGCCAAAGUCACCCCGCCAUGGCCCCCAGACAAGUAAUCGACCCCGAGUACACGGAAAAACCAGUCCAACGCGCAGACUACGCCGCCCAACCCUCCCGAGGCGGCUAUGACCGAACAACCGCUACAUACCCCACCUACCCGCAACGCAACGGCAGCGUCGGCACCGCAAAUCGCUAUCUCGGCGGCGGCGCCCCCUCUGACGAUGAAGAUAGCUUCGACAGCGCUACCGAAGAGGAAACGGGCUUCGCCGAGCAGCAGCAGCAAGGCGAACAGAUGAGCCAGGACAGCUUCAUUGUUCCCAAGCAGAAGAAGAAGUGGCAGAUUUGGAAGUCUUGAGCUGCUGUUUCUUUUACUUUUUUGGGUUUCUUUAAUAUGAUCUCAACCUUUCCCUUGUCCCCACGCUUUGGGGACAGGGAAAGAAACUUGGAUUGGUAAUGAUGUUAUGAUUGGACUUUUUUCUUUCUUAUGAACACACACUUUUUGGGGGGUGUUAUUUCUUGGGGUGAAAAACCAGGGCGUAUGAUGGGCUCUUUUUUUUUGAGCGGUUCUUUUCACGUUCUAGAUAUCCUCCACUUGCUUUAUUUUUACUCAUUGUUGUUGAUGAAUCAUACGUAUUAUCAGUCUUGAUAUUACUUUGCUAUUGUGAAUAUGAGUUGAUAUGUUGAUUUGUUGGUUUAGAUCUUCAGCUCAAAAAAUCUCAGC